GCAAAAUGUAACCCAAUAAGUUGUGUUAUGCAUGAAUCAGAUCCAUUCGCUCACUCCCCAACUACCAAACCGUUUGCAAUUUGGCCGGCGCGUAUAUUAAUGGUUGUCUACACCCUAAUCAACAUUGUUCAAGAGAGAGAUCGAAAUUGGCGCCCCUUUUCUCCUUCUGUUUCUCUUUCUAGAAGACACGCUCUCUCUCUCUCUCUCUCUCUCUCUCUCUAUCUCUGUUUUCCACGCAUAUUCUAAAAAAAAAGCUUCCUACUUUUUUUUUGCCAUGUCUUUUCGUAGACGAACCUUGCUCAAGGUGAUUGCCCUCGGCGACAGUGGGGUCGGUAAGACUUCAUUGAUGAAUCAAUAUGUACAUAAGAAGUUUAGUCAGCAAUAUAAAGCUACAAUUGGGGCUGAUUUUGUCACCAAGGAACUGCAAAUCGAUGACAGACUUGUCACUCUACAAAUAUGGGAUACAGCUGGGCAGGAGAGAUUUCAGAGUCUUGGCGUUGCAUUUUAUAGAGGGGCAGAUUGCUGUGUUUUAGUAUACGAUGUUAAUAUCAUGAGGUCUUUUGAUACUCUUGACAAUUGGCAUGAAGAGUUUCUCAAGCAGGCAAAUCCACCUGACCCAAGGACAUUUCCGUUUAUAUUACUUGGAAACAAGAUUGAUAUUGAUGGUGGAAAUAGCCGAGUGGUCUCUGAGAAGAAAGCAAGGGAUUGGUGUGCUUCAAAAGGGAACAUACCUUACUUUGAGACAUCUGCAAAAGAGGAUUAUAACGUUGAUGCUGCAUUCCUGUGUAUUGCCAAUAGUGCUUUAGCCAAUGAGCAUGAGCAGGAUAUAUACUUCCAGGGUAUCCCUGAUGCUGUCUCAGAACCAGACCGACAAGGUGGUUGUGCAUGUUGAAUUCGAAAUGGUAAACAAUUUUGACAAAUUGGUCUUUAACUCUCCAGUUGUCUGAUUUUCCACUUUUUUUGCCUCUUUGUUGUGAUUCAUAGUCUUUUUUUUCUCUUUUUUUUUCUUUUCUUUCUUUUACCCAUUGUAUGCUAAUUCAAAUUGAGACAGACACCUUUGUGUAUUUGCUUUGCUCUCUAUUGGUAUUUCAGAAGUGUUUGUCCCGGUUUAUCAAAUUUAAAUUCUAAAGAUGCUCUGAGGAAACAAUUGCAGAAACAGGGUAAGCUAAGGAGGUCCAUUCGCUGCUGAAACUUUUUGGAUUCUUUUGUUGAAAUCAAUAUUGGAUUAGUGACGUUUUCAGUUCUAUUGAUAAAAUUGAUCUUUGUACUUA